CCGCCCCGGAGGGCGAAGCCGCGUCUCCUCCGACUCUCACCGCACGGCCGCAGCGCCGGAGCGCGCCCCUCCCGGGCCGGCCGUGGGCGCUCCCGCCUCGCUGCCGCCUUCGCUGGCUCGCCCCCGGAGGGGCGACGAGCCCCGCGCCCCGGCCGGAGGAUGUGCGCCCCCGCGGGCCGCCCCGCCUGAGCCAUGCGCCCCAACGGCGGCGGCGCGCCGGCCGGCAUGGAGCCCCGCGCGGCCGCGCUCUGACUCGCUCAGCGCCCCGCGGCCGGCGGGCGGCGGGCGGCGGGCGGCGGCGGACCGAGAGCCAGAGACCGGCGCCGCGGGACGGAAGCGAGCGGGCGCGGGCGCCGCGCAGAUGGCCGGGGCGAGCAAGGUCUGAGGCUCCGCUCCCCGAAACGUGACCAUGUGGAUUCAACAGCUUUUAGGACUCAGUUCCAUGUCCAUCCACUGGCCGGGCUGCUCCCUAGGAAGCCAUGCUUGGAUACUUAUAGCCAUGUUUCAGCUCGCCAUGGAUCUGCCCUCGUGUGAGUCCCUGGGCCCGGGCGCCGACUUCCGGCUCCUGCCCCGGCCGCCGCAGCGGCCGCCCCGGCUGUGGAGUUUGAAGAGCGGACAGGCGGCGCGCAUCCCCGUGCCCGUGUGGAGCCCGCGCCCGGCCCGCGUGGAGCGCAGCCACGGGCAGGUGCCGAGCCCGCGCGCCAAACGGGCGCACAGACCCAGGGACCAGGUGGCCGCCCUGGUGCCCAGAGGGGGGCUCGCCAAGCCCCCAGCCGCUGCCAAAUCCAGCCCUUCCCUUGGCUCCUCCUCGACGUCCCCGUCCCCCGCAGUGGGCAGCGGGGCCACCACGGACCAGCAGGCCCUCCUGUGGAGGGAGAAGAGGCACCUGCAGGGGGCCGGCUUCAACGGUUUUGAUUUCCGGGGCAGCAGGCCCACCACAGAGACGGAGUUCAUCGCCUGGGGCCCCACGGGGGAGGAGGAGGCCCCGGAAUCCAACACAUUUCCAGGGCUCUACGGCCCCACCACGGCCUCCAUCCCACAGACACGGAAGACAACUGUGGCCACCACCACCGCCCCCGCCACCACGGCCACCUCCACGACGCUGCAGACUAAGGGGGUCACUGAGCCCCUGGGCCCCAGGAAUAGGAUCCCAGUUGGGGUUAGCACAACGGAGCCUUCCACCAGUCCUAGCAAAGACGAUGGUGAAGACGUCAAGCCCCCACGGAUUCUGGGGGAGACCUCAGGUCUGGCUGUUCAUCAGAUUAUCACCAUCACUGUCUCCCUCAUCAUGGUCAUAGCUGCUCUGAUUACAACUCUUGUCUUAAAAAACUGCUGUGCCCAAAGCGGGAACACGCGUCGGAAGAGCCACCAGCGGAAGAUCAACCAGCAGGAGGAGAGCUGCCAGAACCUGACGGACUUCACCCCUGCCCGGGUGCCCAGCAGCCUGGACAUAUUCACAGCCUAUAAUGAGACCCUCCAGUGCUCCCACGAGUGUGUCCGGGCGUCCGUGCCCGUGUACACCGACGAGACGCUGCACCCGACAGCCGACUACAAAUCCACGUUUAACGGGAACCGACCCUCUCCUUCUGAUCGGCAUCUGAUUCCUGUGGCCUUUGUGUCUGAGAAAUGGUUUGAAAUCUCCUGCUGACUGGCCGAAGUCUUGUUUACCUCCUGGGGGCAGGGCAGACGCCAUGUGUCUGUUUUAUGGAUUCCGUUGGUGAACCUGUAAAAAAAA